UGAUGAUAUUUUUUCCUAUUCUUUUUGUUGUCAAUUCCUCUGAAAUCUGUUGCUGAUUUAUGAUAGAAAAUUAGGGUAUCAUUUUGAGUUUCCGUUUUAAGAUGGUUCCAUGGGGUGGCAUCACUUGCUGCUUGAGUGCAGCUGCUCUUUACCUUCUUGGGAUCAGCAGUGGCAGGGAUGCACAGAUUCUCAAGACGGUUACUCGGGUCAAUCAGCUUAAAGAAUUGGCUCAAUUGCUUGAUAUUGAAAGUAAAAUGAUUCCUUUAAUAGUCACAAUCUCUGGAAGAGUGGGUUCUGAGACACCAAUUAAUUGUGAGCAUAGCAAAUUAAGAGGUGUUAUAGUAGAGGAAACGGCUGAACAACAUUUUCUAAAGCACAAUGAUGCUGGUUCUUGGAUUCAAGAUUCUGCUUUGAUGCUUUCUAUGAGCAAAGAAGUUCCAUGGUACCUGGAUGAUGGGACUGGACGUGCCUAUGUAGUUGGUGCUCGUAGUGCAGCAGGUUUUGCACUAACUGUUGGAAGUGAAGUGUUUGAAGAUUCAGGCAGAUCAAUUGUACGUGGAACGUUAGACUAUCUUCAAGGUCUCAAGAUGCUUGGAGUCAAGAGAAUUGAGCGUGUGCUUCCCAUUGGUACUUCCUUGACCGUUGUGGGUGAGGCUGUCAAGGAUGACAUCGGAACAAUUCGUAUUCAGAAACCCCAUAAAGGGCCUUUUUAUGUGUCCCCCAAAUCUAUUGAUCAACUCAUUUCCAACCUCGGGAAGUGGGCAAGAUUGUACAAGUAUGCUUCGUGUGGACUCACCAUAUUUGGUGUCUUCCUAAUAACUAAGCAUGCAAUCCGUUAUAUUUUGGAGAGAAGACGCCGACGGGAAUUGCAGCGAAGGGUUCUUGCUGCUGCAGCUAAGAGAUCAGGGCCAGAUACUGAAGAUCCAACUUUGAAAGCUGAAAAUGGAGAAGAAACCAAGAGAGACUGCAUAAUGCCAAAUCUAUGUGUAAUAUGCCUCGAACAUGAGUACAAUGCUGUUUUCAUUCAAUGUGGCCAUAUGUGUUGUUGUACAGCCUGUGCUUCGCACUUAACCAACUGCCCCCUUUGCCGGAGACGUAUUGAGCAGGUUGUAAAAGUCUUCUGCCAUUGAAGUCUCGCCCUACGAGAUUCAGGUUCAUUUGGAUCCCAUACGGAAAGCAUCCCAACCACAGCGGGAGUCGUGGUUUUGUGAUCACAACCUCUUCAAUAAGUGCCAUGUUUAUCGGCUGGGAAAUGAUCUUUAUUUUUAGCCAAUUAUGCAAAUCCCAUCUUGCUGUAAGUUCAUAACUUACUUGAUAGCCUGUAAAUAUUUUAUAUUUAUUUCUUUUAAAUGUUUGGAAUGUUAAUUGUUUUUAUUGUUGUAAUUUAGUGACAGACUCGGAUGUUUAUUUUUUUUAUAAAUUUGUGCACUCCCUU